CCAUUAUCUAACCUGCUGCAGGUGCACCAGAGAACGGCGUGCUCCAACGCCCUCGUGAGGAUGCGAAGUGGAAACAGAAGACCCGAAGAGGUGGGUCAAGGCGAAGGACUUUACUUUAAGGAAGAAAAAAAAGUCCAUGAGCAGUAGGAGUCAACGUAGGCUGUUCAGCAAGAACAUCAAACUCGCAUUAUCCAUAAAGAACAGUUAUACUAAUUGGAUGCAUCGGGAUUUUAAAUAAUAAACUCUCCGGUUACGAUAAACCAAGAUCGAAGACAAUGGAUAAUGAUUUGGAGCAGGGAGAGGUGGUGGAGCAGGACAAGGUGAGGACCCUGCAGUCUCAGGUGGAGGGAGUGAAGGACAUCAUGACCCAGAACGUGGACCGGAUCCUGGCCCGGGGAGAGAGGCUGGACGACUUGAUGGGCAAGUCGGAGGACCUGCAGGCUGGGGCUGAGGACUUCAAGCACACGUCCCAGAAGGUGGCUCGCUCCUACUGGUGGAAGAACAUGAAGCUGUGGGUGGUGAUCGUGGUCAUUGUCCUCGUCAUAAUCCUCAUCAUCGUACUGCUCAGCACUGGCGUCAUCCCAACCAGCUCCCCUGUUCCCCCACUUCCCAAACCUACUAAAAGACCAAACUAGUCAUGUUUUUCCCCACUGUGUUUCAAUGUGUUUUAGCUGAGCUGGUUGCUAGAGAGGAUGUCAGUGGGUUUUUUUUGUUUUGAAAGAUGGGGAAAACUUAGCUGCAAUGGUAUAGUGAAAGAAAGGGGGAAUUGAGAGAGGGAAUGGAGAGUCUGAAGAAGCAUGAGAGCCUUUUGACCUCUAUCCAUGACCUGAUACUCCAUCAUACACAAACUGCGGGAACUCAUGUCAUGACUUAAUGUGGGUUCUCAUGGUCCAUGUACUCAGGCCUUGGAAACUCUGGCUAACUCCAGACAACCUGUUGUGAGAGAGGUGGAAUUGAACAGCUAACAACUCCCCUUGCUGAUCCAAACGAGUGUCUCAAGCUCCUAGGACUACUGUCAGCCAUCUCAUAGCUUUGCAUAGUAGCUUUUGGUAGGCCCACCUGUAUUCUUUAACUACUUGUGGGUUUUAACUCUUCUCACUGUCCACUCCAAUGUUACAAUACCAGCCAUGCUUUGGGGAGGUCAAGGAGUUCAAAUCAAAUCAAAUCAAAUUUAUUUAUAUAGCCCUUUGUACAUCAGCUGAUAUCUCAAAGUGCUGUACAGAAACCCAGCCUAAAACCCCCAAACAGCAAACAAUGCAGGUGUAAAAGCACGGUGGCUAGGAAAAACUCCCUAGAAAGGCCAAAACCUAGGAAGAAACCUAGAGAGGAACCGGGCUAUGUGGGGUGGCCAGUCCUCUUCUGGCUGUUAACUCCCAUGCUUGUAUAUAGUUAUCAUACCUGUAUAUACAUUUGUAAAGCACCCACAUGGGGCCCUAAACCAUUCCAGUAGUGUAACAGAGGUGAAUUUGAGGCUAUUUAUUGUUAUAUUUUUCUCAUCCCUACUGAACAUCUUUUUUGUUUUUCAUAUGACUGUAUUAAUGUUUUUAAUCAACAAAACCAAUUAAAGAAAAUGAUAUGGACCCCCCCCCACCCAGAGUCCUAUCAGUAGAUCUGUGGUUUAGAGCUAUAAUUGUAUUUUAGACAAGUAGGAUGUAUUGGGAAUUUGGGCCAGUUUCAAUUGCUAUAGAAUUAUAUUAUUUUGUUUUUCAUUCAUUGAUGGAGUUCAAUCAUGUUAUCUGAUUUAAUUAUAGAAUAAAUAGCAUUUAUUUCCACUGUGA